AUGGGUGGUCUUCUUAUGAGUGGCGUUGGAGCAUCUUGUAGUAUUAAAUGGGAAGGUCUAUCAUUGAGCAUAACACGUUAUAACAUAGUUAUUCUUAUAUUUGUAUAUCUGAUACCGGUUACCAUUAUGAUCACAAUAAAUUUAAAUUCUUAUUUUGUAAUUCUUAAACGUCGACGUCGUGCUAGUAUUAAUUUAAAUGCACCUCAUACUCUACGUCAAUAUUUAAUUGAACGUCGUAUUACAUUUACUGUUAUUUUGAUAAUUGGUAAUAAAAGUCAAUUUGAAAAAUAA